GGCCCACGGGCCAGCCACGGCGCGCCUCCCUUCCGAGCCGCUUCCUCCCUCCCGUUCCUCCCCCGCGAUGGGUCUCAUGGCAGUUGCGCACUCGUAGAAUAGAGUGGAGAAUAGAAUUUGGCCGACCCCCUCAGAUCUGAGGCGCCACCCGACCACCGCACCGCGUCGUCGUCCUCCUAGCGCUCGCGGCGCCUUCUGGAAGCUUCGGGAGGGCGCGCUCCGCUCCGGCGGGCGGGCGGGAUGGGGGUGUUCGACCGGCUGCCCCCGAUGGACCACCUGCGGUCCGAGAAGAUGUGCUUCGUGCAGCUCAUCAUCCCUGCAGAGAGCGCGCGCGUCGCCGUCACCUACCUCGGCGAGCUCGGCCUUCUCCAGUUCAAGGACUUGAAUGAGGAUAAGAGUCCUUUCCAGCGUAUAUUUGUCAACCAGGUAAAGAGAUGUGCAGAAAUGUCACGUAAACUAAGAUUUUUCAGUGACCAGAUCAACAAGGCAGGUGUAAGAUCUUCGGUUCGACCUGCACUUGAACCUGAUAUUGAUCUGGAGGAGCUAGAGGCAAGAUUGGGUGAGCAUGAGCAUGAGCUGCUUGAGAUGAUUACCAACAGUGAUAAGCUACAACAGACAUACAAUGAACUUCUUGAAUUCAAGCUGGUCUUGACAAAGGCAGGUGGCAUCCUUGCUUCUUCUCACAACCAUGCAGCUUCAGCUGAGCAGGAGCUAGAUGAAAACAUAUAUGACAGGGAAGUGGAUGAGGGAAAUGCCUAUUUGCUCGAACAGGGAGUGCAUCAAGGAUCUUCUGGAAAUUCUGGGGUGAGGUUUGUUAGUGGGAUGAUAUUGAAGUCUAAGGCACUGGCUUUUGAACGGAUGCUUUUCCGAGCUACAAGAGGAAAUAUGCUAUUCAAUCAGGCGCCUGCAGGGGAACCUGUAACUGAUCCCAUAUCUGGUGAAGAGGUAGAGAAAACUGUUUUUGUAGUUUUCUUUUCUGGGGAACAAGCAAAAGCAAAGAUACUAAAGAUUUGUGAUUCAUUUGGAGCAAGUUGCUACCCUGUUCCUGAGGAGAUGAUCAAGCAGAGACAGAUUUUCAAUGAGGUAUCCGCACGCCUCUCUGACCUGGAAGUUACCUUAGAUGCUGGAAUCCAACACAGAAACAAAGCGCUCGAGUCAGUAGGAUCACAAUUGUGGAGGUGGACAAUCAUGGUUAAAAAGGAGAAAGCUGUAUAUGACACGCUGAACAUGUUAAACUUUGAUGUGACAAAGAAAUGCCUUGUUGGAGAAGGAUGGUGUCCUAUAUUUGCUAAAUCUCAGAUCAAGGAUUGUUUGCAGCGUGCAACACUUCACAGCAAUUCACAAGUUGGAACAAUAUUUCAUGAGAUGGACACCCUUGAAUCACCACCUACAUAUUUUCGAACUGAUAAAUUUACCAAUGCUUUCCAGGAAAUUGUUGAUGCAUAUGGUGUUGCUCGAUAUCAGGAAGCUAAUCCAGCUGUAUAUUCUGUUGUGACAUUCCCAUUUCUUUUUGCUGUUAUGUUUGGAGAUUGGGGUCAUGGGAUAUGUCUGUUACUAGGAGCUUUGGUUCUUAUACUUCGUGAGAAGAAACUCUCCUCACAGAAACUUGGCAGCUUUAUGGAGAUGGCAUUUGGUGGACGAUAUGUUAUUCUUCUGAUGGCAAUAUUCUCAAUAUACUGUGGCCUUAUAUACAAUGAGUUCUUCUCAGUUCCAUUCCAUAUAUUUGGCAAAUCUGCCUAUGAGUGCCGGGAAAAAAGCUGCAGUGAUGCACAUACUGCUGGUCUCAUCAAAGUCCGUGAUCCCUAUCCUUUUGGGGUGGACCCAAGUUGGCGUGGAAGUCGGUCUGAGCUACCCUUUCUAAAUUCAUUGAAGAUGAAGAUGUCUAUACUAAUGGGUGUUGCCCAGAUGAACUUGGGAAUUGUAUUAAGUUAUUUUGAUGCGCGGUUUCAUGGAAAUGCCCUUGACAUAAGGUAUCAAUUCAUACCACAGAUGAUUUUUCUGAAUAGCCUUUUUGGUUACUUAGCACUACUGAUUCUCAUCAAAUGGUGCACGGGCUCUCAAGCUGAUCUUUAUCACGUAAUGAUAUAUAUGUUCCUUGAUCCUGCUGGAGAUCUUGGAGAAAAUCAACUGUUUUGGGGCCAAAAGGAACUCCAGAUACUUUUGUUGCUUAUGGCUUUGGUAGCUGUCCCAUGGAUGCUCUUCCCAAAGCCUUUUAUCUUGAAGAAACUUCACAAGGAGAGAUUUCAAGGUCACACCUAUCGUUUCCUAGGGACAUCUGAAAUGGAUCCAGAUUCUGAACCUGAUUCAGCCCGAGCACGUCAUGAUGAUUUCAAUUUCAGUGAAGUCUUUGUGCAUCAAAUGAUACAUUCCAUUGAGUUUGUACUCGGUGCAGUUUCAAAUACUGCAUCUUAUCUUCGACUUUGGGCCCUGAGCUUGGCACAUUCAGAGCUGUCAACAGUUUUCUAUGAGAAGCUGCUGCUACUUGCCUGGGGGUAUGAUAGUCUUAUCGUGAAGUCAGCGGGACUCGUAGUUUUUGCUUUUGCUACUGCCUUCAUAUUGCUCAUGAUGGAGACACUGAGUGCCUUUCUGCAUGCAUUGCGUCUGCACUGGGUUGAAUUUAUGAACAAGUUCUACCAUGGGGAUGGCUACAAGUUCAAGCCAUUUUCAUUUGCUCUGCUAGCAGACGACGAAGACUGAUGCAUUUGAAUUUCAGCGUGUAAGGAGAUUCAGUUCGUUUCUUGCAAAUUUUUGGAGCACGGCAGUGGAACUUUGUGGGCGAGAUGGGUUUUCCCAAUACACAGUGUUUUGUCAGACCGCCGGACUUCUUCCCAGCACAUGCGUGCAGUCGUCAUUGAGAUUGCCAGCGUCGGGAAGGAGGUUUUGUAAGUUUACAGCCAUAUUGUAGAGGGCAGGUUCAUCGUACAGUUCCUCCAACGGAGAUGCAGAUUAUAGUUGCUAACAGAAAGGAUAGAAAUGUAGAUUUGCCCCCACCUACUUUUAGCUUUAAAUUUUAUCGAAGUGACUGGCCCUUACAACUUAAAUGGAAACAACUUUUUUGGCCAUUCUUGCGCCGAGGCUGGAAGAAAGGCAUGACAAAUAUUUUACUGUAUUGUUUUACGAUUCAAAUAAAUAUUUAUUCUUGUGCUUAUUCUUUUAAA